UGACACACGACAGUCAACUUUUACUAUCUUUCAGAAAAGCCCACGUUAUCAAACACAUUACGUUUGUAAUCGAUAGACGUAGUUUGUGCACCCCGGAAGUACGGUACUUCAAUAAUGGUAAAAAUAAGUGAGGACCGCGUGUUUUGAUUAUUUGUUAAUCAUCAUUCUUAUGCAGCAAUAGCAUUAUCCAGAAGUAUUUAUUCUGCCACCCCUUGAAGAAAAUGUAUUGUGGCGUUUCAUUACCCAAAGAUCGCAUGUUCGUUUGCACUACUUAAUGUAUUUUUCAGUACCAUGGGCUAUAUAAGCUACUCGCAAAGCUUUGACAUUUAUGAAUUUUACUAGGGAACUCACUUUUUCGGACUUUUAUGAUAUAAAACUAUGCGAACUUCGAAAGGUACCGUAGUAGCUGUUUUCCGUGUGCUUCUUAUUAACAUUUUUGCAUGCCACACUGCUGGGCACCGACCACCGGCUGAAACCCCUGAUUGGCGAGUGACCCUGAAAACUAUAAGGAAUGGAAUUCACAAGAUAGAUUUAUAUUUAAACGCAGCUCUUGAUCUUCUUGGAGGGGAAGACGGACUUUGUCAAUUUAAAUGCAACGAUGGAUCCAAACCAUUUCCACGGAAUGGCUAUAAACAUCCUCCACCUAAUGGAUGCGGUUCUCCAGCAUUUGGAGUCCAUUUUGACAUUGGUAUUCCUUCCAUGACAAAGUGUUGCAAUCAGCAUGAUCGGUGCUACGAUACCUGUGGAAGCAUUAAGCAUGACUGUGAUGAGAUGUUCCAGAACUGUCUGUCCAAGAUUUGCAGAGAUGUACAGAAGACAUUGGGAAUAUCACAGACCGUACAAGCUUGUGAGUCAGCAGUAGAGCUGCUGUUUGCCACAGUCAUGCAUUUAGGAUGCAAGCCCUUCCUGGACAGUCAAAGAGAAGCAUGCAUGUGUCAGUAUGAAGAAAAAGUUGAUCUUUGAAAAGAACACCUGUUGCUGUCUGAUUAACUAUAUCUGCAGAAAUUAUUGCUGCCUUGAAAUGAAGAUAAAGACAUUGUUACAAAGCUGCUUUAAACACAAUUAAUUUGAAUCAGGGAUUAUAUGUAUAUAUUUUAUUUUUGUAACUUUAUAACAAAUGUAAUAAAAAUACUGUAUAUUAACAUUGAUGUGAGAGAAGGCAAGAACUUGUAUAUAUUUUAUUUUAAAGCUAUGUUCUGUAAUUCAUUAAACAUGACCAUGUUACUGUAUUUGGAACAUAUCAUCUUAUAUUAUAAUUUACAACAAAAUGCUGUGACAUUGUCAAAGAUCAAUAUGCUGUUAAAAUGUGACAGAACUAUUUUCUGUUUUAGUUUUUGCUUAACUUUGAGUUGUUGUGUUCCUCAUUUUUAGGUGUAUGUUUAAAUUUGUGAUUUUCCUUAUGAAAUUUAAAAUAAUUAAGUUUGUCUGUCAUGUAAGUAAGCAGUAAUACCCAAAAAUGUUUAUUGGUAAAUUUACCAUAGCUUGAGUAAACUGCAUCAUUACAUUACUUGAUCUCUUGAACAUUUCCAGCCAUGGGAAUAUCCAGUGAUGACUCCUGCCAGAAAGGUUUGUGGCUGUAACUCUUAGCUUUUAUAAAAGAACCCCCAAAAAUGCCUUUUAAAAAUACACUCAGAGCAAUAGCUAGAUGCCAUAAUCUCCAUCACUUAUACUUAGUGCCUUAUACUGCUAAAGAGGCCUUCAACGAUGAAACUGGUGCCAUGGAGUGUUCUCAGAGACUUUAUUCAUGAAUACAUUUCAAUGUGCAGGAAGCAUAGCUGACAGGAAACCGUGCUAAGCAUCUUAAUAUUAUAGAGUUCCUUCUGACUGUGCAAAAAUUCUGUUGUUAUACUGCCUCACCAACAUUAUGGCUAAACUAGUAAGUCUGACACACUUUAUUUAAAAACUUCACCUAAAAAACUGAAAAUGUGAGUCAUUCAUUGUGUUUUGAUUUUAGUGCACUACUAGUAACUCAGUACCACUUUUAAUUGUUGUAUGAUUUUCUAAUUGGAAUGGCUGAUGGGGACUACCAUACCAAUCUGAUUUUUAUUAUCUGGACUGCAUUGCACUUUAUGUCCAAAUUGUAAUAAAACGGUAUAGAUACAAUAAA